AAUGUUGUUUAUAUGCCACGUAUACCAAGUCAAAGAAGACGAUCAAUGUUCAUACCAUAAAUUUGUUUAUUUAAUUCGGAGAUUCUUAGCAUCGUAGACAAGUUUGCAACGGAAGAGUGAGCGUAUCAUUAAGCUUAUGGCUUUUUUGCAAAUGCUGUUCCUUCUUUGUCCCAUUUUCAUGUAUUUUAUUGUUCCCCAUACUGCUCAGCCUGAAAUCAACUUUCACCUUUGCGUAGUAGAGAACGGUAACUACACAGCAAAUAGCACCUACCAGGCUAAUCUCAAUUACCUACUCAACUCUGUUUACAGUAACACAGAAAUCGAUUACGGGUUUUACAAUUUUUCUUAUGGAGAAAGUCCUGACAAGGUUUAUGCAAUUGGACUCUGUCGAGGAGAUGUCAAGCCUGAUGCUUGCCGCGACUGCCUCAAUUAUUCUAGCCUGGUACUAACUUCACGCUGUCCAACUCAAAAGGAGGCUAUCAUAGGUUUGGACAAUUGUAUAUUACGAUACGCAAGCCGUUACAUAUUUGGCCUCAAUGAAGUUGCCCCAUACUUUUUCGUGUACAGCUUAAAGAAUGUCUCAGACGAAAAAGGAUUCAACAGGUCUUUGAAUAGCUUGUUGGAUAGCCUACAAGAUAAAGCUGCAGCUGGUGAUUCUCGUCGUAAGUAUGCAACGGGAAAAAUCAGUACUGCCGCACCAAACUUUCAGACUAUAUAUGCACUUUCGCAGUGCACUCCUGAUUUGUCACAGACAGAAUGCAGUAACUGCCUCCGAAAUGCUUCCGCACGUGUUGGACAAUGUUGUCAGGAAAGGCAAGGAGGAAGAGUCAUUUAUCCAAGCUGUAAUUUUAGGUACGAGAUUAAUCAAUUCUAUGAAACCCCAAUUGGUGAAGACCCAUCUCCUCCUCCAUCGAAAGGAAAAAACAAAACAGUCAUCAUCAUCAUCAUUCUUUCAGUUGUUAUGUCUGUCAUGGUGAUUCUUAUCAUCAGCUUCUACACGUUUUCAGGAAAGAGGAAAUCAGGAGAGAAAGUUAAAAGUGGAUCAGUGGAUGAUGAAAUUACCAGAGUGGAAUCCUUGCAAUAUAACUUCGAAAUCAUUCACCUUGCAACAGAUAAUUUUUCUGAAUUUAAUAAGCUUGGACAGGGUGGAUUUGGUCCUGUGUACAAGGGUACCCUUCCCAACGGACAAUAUAUAGCCGUGAAGAGACUAUGUAGGGAUUCCACACAAGGAGAGCAAGAAUUCAAGAAUGAAGUCCUGCUGGUGGCCAAACUUCAGCACAAGAAUUUGGUUAGGCUCCUAGGCUAUUGCUUUGAACAAGAGGAAAGGCUUCUUAUCUACGAGUUUAUGCCUAACUCAAGCCUCAACAACUUCAUUUUCGAUCAAACCAAGCGUUCACAAUUGGACUGGGAACGACGUUACAAGAUCAUAGAAGGCAUUUCUCGAGGACUUCUUUACCUUCAUGAAGAUUCUCGUCUCCGGAUCAUUCACCGUGACCUGAAACCUAGUAACAUUUUGUUAGAUGCAGAAAUGAAUGCUAAGAUAUCAGACUUUGGCAUGGCAAGGCUGUUUGCAGGGGAUCAAACCCAAGAAAGUACAAGCAGAGUUGUUGGAACCUUUGGAUACAUGCCUCCAGAGUAUGUAAUGCGCGGACACUUCUCUGUCAAAUCGGAUAUCUUUAGCUUUGGUGUGCUUGUUUUGGAAAUUAUUGCCAGGAAAGACAUCGAGCAAAGCACUUUCCUUCUAACACUCUGCUGUUCUCUUCUUAAAAUUUUGCAGACGUGGGAAAAUUGGAAUAGCGGACCAAAUUUAGAUAAGCUGAUAGAUUCGACAUUAAGGGCUGGCUCAAGAAAUGAAAUGUUGAGAUGUAUCCACGUUGGUUUGCUAUGUGUGCAGGAAAAUGCACUUGAUAGACCAAACAUGGCUUCAGUUGUUAUCAUGCUAAGUUCUUACUCCGUCACUCUUCCAGUACCUCAGAAGCCUGCAUUUUUUGCUCACAGUACUGAAAUGCCUGGGACAACAUCAACUUGGACCGAGUCUGAUCAAUCCCGAAGUGCAUCUGUCCCAUGUUCAAUCAAUGAGGCUUCAAUCACUGAACUCUACCCUCGGUAGAGUUUGCGGAUGGAGGGUCCACCGUUAAGCAUGCUAUAAUUUGUUCUGUAUCUCAGGACUAUUCUCUUGCAUUGCAAUGCUUGAAGUGUUUGCCUUUUUCUUUAAA